CCUGUACUAAACUGAUAAGAGAAAAGCCUUGAUUUGUUCCAUAGCCAACCAAAGAAAUGGCGAGUACAAUGCUUUUUGCUCUCUUCCUUCUUUCUGUCCUAACCUUCUACCCUCCUUCAAUCACUGCUCAAGUCACCGACGGCAGUGGUAACGUGGUUCGUAACGGUGGCUCAUUCUAUAUAAGGCCACACAUAUUUUCGCUUGGCGGUGGAAUUCGACGAAUUAAAACCGGAAACGAAACUAGCCGUCUCUCAGUUGUGCAAUCUCCUUUUGAGACCGAUCCAGGGCUUCCAUUGAAAAUUACAUCCCCAUACCGUGUCCAAUUUAUCCCUGAAGGCCCUGUGUUCAUUGACUUCGUAAAUGAUCCUCUCGGUGUCAACUCUCUUGAGUGGAAAGCUGUUGAGGUUCUUUCUGAAGGAACCCUCGUUAAAGUUGGCUACCAAAAUUCACUGAAAGGUUCCUUCAUUAUUGAGAGAGCUUCCUCAGCCAAUACCUACAAGCUUUUGUUCUGUACACUUGGCGGCAGCCUCUGCGGUAAUGUUGCCAUUGUUAAUGAUGAAGCAGGGAACAGGCUUUUGGCCGUCAAUCAGAAAACCCCAUUCCAGUUUAUUCUUACGCCACUUCCAUCAACAUCUCUGCUAGGUCUAAAUGAACCACUAUCCAUGAAAACUCGUGCUUGAUGCAUCUACGGUAUGCUUCGGAUGUAAUUAACUACUAUAAGAAUAAAUAAAACAUCCAAAGCUUAUGUCUUUGGAUUUUUUGCUGUGUUA